GCAGUGUUUGUUGAACGUCCAACCUAUUAAUAAGGUGACAAUGACCAGGAUGAAGAGAUGAUUCAAAACAAUCUUUUAAUGGUGGGAAUUCAAUCCAUAUCGUGUGGUCCACCUGAAAAGUGUAAGUGCUUUAUUUUUGGGAUCAUGUGUUAAAAUAAGAUGGCAAAAGGGUUGGACAGCUUCGUUACAAAACCCAGAGAUGGAGGUGGGUCGACAGUGAGGGUCGCACCCACGUGGAUGUGGUCGCAGCUAAUCGGCUUUGGCAUUGAACUGGAUUUCCCAAUCGGUCGAUUGGUUAGAAUUAUAAUCAUUGAACGGCCUCAAUUCUACAAACAAACGUCCACUGGUCGGAAGUUUAAGAUCGUCCAAUCAAUUUGGCCUCAGGGUUAUGACCCAUUUCAAGUGGGCCCCACGGUUUGAUACGGUUCAUUUGAGUGAUGUUUAUUCCAGAUAUGCUUCAUUUUUUGGAUAAUGUCCUAAAAUGACAUGAAAAAACGGAUGGACAGGGUGGAUAUUGAAUACACACAUCAUUGACAGAAUCAAGCAUGGACCGUUUAAGUGACCUGCACUCGAGGACAUCAAGGGGACAACAAGUGCCUCUUCCUAGAGAAUAUUGAUAACCCAGAUUAUGCUCUGGUUGCGGUCAUGUCGCUUCAAUCUAAGAACUCAUACAUCAAGUUUUCAUAUUUUUCAAUGGGUCUCAUCUUCGAAGCAAUCAACUGAUACCCAUGUUUCCCAGCCAAAUCAAGUACAACUCCUUUCUCUGUUACGCAGACUCCAAACCAGGAGCCAGUUGAUGCAGAUCCAUUGCCAAUUGAUCACAAGUGGUAUACACCAUGAUCAAAUGGAUAAAACCAUGAUGUUAAUCUGGAAUACAUUGCUUCGAGAGUACUCACAGGGAAGCUUCCCUGAGGAAGCCCUUCAACUGUACAAACAAAUGCAAGACCUCUCCUGUACCUUCGUCCCAACAGACAGCAUCACCUUCUCUUUCCUUAUCAAGGCCUGUGCUAAUCUGGUGGACCCCAUCAAAGGUAUUCAACUCCAUGGCCAUGUCAUCAAGGCAGGCUUCGAAUUUCAUGUCUAUGUGCAGACUGCUCUGGUUAACAUGUAUUCAGAAUGUCAGUUUCUGUCUGAAGCUAAAAGAGUGUUCAGUAAUAUGCAUCAGAGAAACUCGGUCACUUGGAAUGUCAUGAUUACUGGUUUAACAAAAUGGGGAGAGGUUGAUCUCGCCAGAUCGCUCUUCGAAAGAAUGUCUCAUAGAACUGUAAUCUCUUGGACAGGAAUAAUUGAUGGGUAUACCCGCAUCAACCGACCAACAGAAGCUCUCACUCUUUUCAGUCAAAUGAUGGCUGAAGGCAUAAAACCAACGUCCAUUACAAUUCUCAGCCUCCUUCCUGCUGUUUCCAAUUUGGGUGCCCUUGAUAUAGGUGAAUCCAUCCAUGCGUAUGUCGAAAAGAGCCAUUGCAAUACAUCUGACAUCCGCGUUAGCAAUUCCCUCAUAGACAUGUACGGGAAGUGUGGGUCUUUACAGAAUGCAUUUGGAGUUUUUGAUGUAAUUGCCGAGAGAAGGAAUGUGGUGUCUUGGACGUCGAUGAUUUCUGCACUUGCAUCGCAUGGAAUGGCAAGAGAAGCCAUCAACCAGUUUGAGGAAAUGAAGGCAGCAGAUAUAAAACCGAACCAAGUAACUUUUCUAAGUGUUUUGAAUGCUUGUAGUCAUGGAGGAUUGGUGGAUGUCGGUAUGAAGUUUUUUACAAGUAUGAUUGAGGAAUAUGGUAUAUUGCCAGGGAUCAAGCACUACGGUUGCAUGAUUGAUAUGUUGGGUCGGGCGGGGAUGUUGGAUGAAGCUGAGAAGAUGGUCAUGGACAUGCCCAUGAAGGAUAAUGUGAUUGUUUGGAGGACUCUAUUGGGUGCUUGCAGUUUUCAUGGGAAUGUAGAGAUGGGUGAGAGGGUAAUGGAGAGGAUAUUGGAGAUGGAGAAGGGAUAUGGUGGCGAUUAUGUGCUUUUGUCCAAUAUAUUUGCGAGGGAUGGUAGGUUUGAUGAAGCUGAGAGAGUGAGGAGGUCUAUGGAUGAGAAGAAUGUUUUGAAAGUUCCUGGCAUUAGUUUGGUUGAUGGGAAGAGUAGAAUUUGAGUUUCUAUGCAUGUUUAAAUCCUUGUCAUAUUUUUUGCUUUUCAGGGCUUGUUUUCGAUUCAAGCAAAGUCCUGUCACAACUAGCAAUCCAUUGCAUGCGGUUGCUUACUAGUUCCUUGCCUUCGUUUGUCAAACCUUCCGGAACAUUGACAUGAUAGAUCGUGGCACAUUGGGGAGCUUAAAGAUUCGUUGGUGGCACAUCUAUGCAUGUUCACGUGCACAUUUGAUAUGUCCACGUUGACACAUGAUGCAAUAUUUUUUUAGUGCUUGAA